UUUUGGCGGAAUAAGAUGAGACAAUGUCAUUCUCGAUGGAAUGCUUUGUAAUUUAUGGGUUGGUUAUUGGAUUUUGUGUGGAGGGCGUUACGGCGUUCGAGAAUAUGAACCCUAUAUUCUUCGACGAAGGGCUCUCUCAUCUGUUCGGCGACGGCAACCUAAUCCGGUCUCCCGACGACCGGAGCGUCCGUCUCCUCCUCGAUAAAUACACCGGAUCAGGAUUUAUCUCGUCGGACAUGUACCAACAUGGGUUUUUCAGCUCGCUGAUAAAGUUGCCCGGAGCUUACACCGCCGGUAUUGUCGUCGCUUUCUACACAUCGAACGGGGACGUGUUUGUGAAGAACCAUGACGAACUAGACAUCGAGUUUCUCGGGAACAUACAAGGGAAGCCGUGGAGAUUUCAGACAAACAUGUACGGAAACGGGAGCACGAACCGCGGCAGAGAAGAAAGGUACCGCCUUUGGUUCGACCCAUCAAAAGAAUUUCACAGAUACAGCAUUCUAUGGAACCCCCGCAAAAUCAUAUUUUGGGUGGACGACGUACCGAUAAGAGAGAUCAUAAGAAAAGAAGAGAUGGGAGGAGACUAUCCACAAAAGCCGAUGUCGCUUUACGCCACCAUAUGGGAUGCUUCGAGCUGGGCCACCAAUGGCGGAAAGUUCUCCGUCGACUACUCCUUCUCUCCCUUCGUCUCCGAGUUCAAAGACGUCGUCCUCGACGGCUGCCACGUGUCCGACCCGAACAGAAACAGCAGCAACUGCUCUUUGUCCGAAGACGCUUUCCUUCUGACCAGCGAUUACGCCCGCAUUACGUCCAGACAGCGUGCGGAGAUGCGGAGAUUCAGGGAAAGGUUCAUGUACUAUUCCUACUGUUACGACAGCGUUAGGUACGCCGUUCCACCGCCGGAAUGCGUCGUCGUGCCGUCGGAGAAAGACCACCCCAAGGAUCAUAGAUCGCGGCGGCGCCGUCGCCGGAAUCGGCCGAUGACGGUGGUGUCGGCUGAUCAGUAGUGUAUGUUUUUUUUCACUUGUAGAUCGAUGUAGAAGUUUUUUCUGUU